GAGGCUUCACUUGAUUAAAGGUGGGGGGGUCACACAAAACUGACUGAGACAAGGGUUGAAGAUGCACGCUGCUCAGACUCCCUCACCGCCUACUGUCCUUCAGGAAGAGGACAGAGAGUCUGGCAUCGGAUCCACCCUUGACCUCUUGAGCAGCUCGGAGGGCUACAGCUAUCACACCAACCGCCACUCCACCCCCCCUUGGAAAAAAGAGGCAGGCGGCGCCCCCAGAGAACAAGAAGGCUCUCCUCAGGCUUCAGCGGAGGGCCUAGAGAAGCUCAAGCAGCUCGUCGUCAGUCUAUCAAAGAUCCCUCUUCUUUUCCUCCUCCUCUUCCUCUUCAUUUGCUCCUUGGACACUCUGAGCUCUGCCUUCCAGUUAGCGGGGGGGAAAGUAGCAGGAGACAUCUUCCAGGACAACGCGGUGCUGUCCAACCCGGUGGCAGGCCUGGUGGUGGGGAUCCUGGUGACUGUGCUGGUCCAGAGCUCCUCAACCUCCACCUCCAUCAUCGUCAGUCUGGUGGCCUCAGGAUUGCUUGAAGUAAAGUCGGCUGUUCCGGUAAUCAUGGGGUCCAACAUUGGGACUUCUGUCACAAACACCAUAGUGGCCAUGAUGCAGGCGGCAGAGAGAAACGACUUUCAGCGGGCCUUUGCUGGAGCAACGAUCCACGACUGCUUCAACUGGCUGUCCGUCCUGGUUCUGUUGCCUCUGGAGGUGGUGAGCGGGAUAAUGACCCGGCUGUCCCUCCUGAUGGUCUCCAUAUUAAGUCUACAACCCGGGGAGGAAGCACCUGAGCUACUAAAGGUCAUCACCGAGCCGCUCACACAGCUCAUCAUACAGCUGGACAAAUGUGUGAUCACAGAGAUCGCUCUGGGAAAUGAGGCCAUGAGGAACAGGAGCCUGGUGAAGGAAUGGUGCCGGGCUGACACAGUUUUGUCUUUUGGCAACAGUAGCAGUGAAACGAAGUGUGGCCUCAGUCAUAAUCUGUCUGGGACUUCGUGGGUCAAGUGCAGACAUCUGUUUGCAUCGACAGAGCUGUCAGAUCUCACCGUGGGCCUGAUUCUCCUGGCAGUGUCGCUGGUUGUCCUCUGCACAUGCCUGCUGCUUCUGGUCAAACUCCUCAACUCUCUUCUCAAAGGCCAAAUGGCAAAGAUCAUCUACAAAGUCAUCAACACAGAUUUACCGUAUCCAUUUGGGUGGCUGGCGGGAUAUGUUGCCAUGUUUGUGGGUGCAGGGGUAACAUUUGUGGUCCAGAGUAGUUCUGUCUUUACUUCAGCCAUAACUCCCCUGGUUGGAAUUGGUGUCAUCAGUCUGGAGCGGGCCUAUCCUCUUACUCUUGGCUCCAACAUUGGGACCACAGCCACAGCCCUGCUGGCAGCUCUGGCCAGUCCUGGGAACAAACUAGCAGCCUCUGUACAACUUGCUUUGUGUCAUCUCAUCUUCAAUGUCUUUGGCAUCCUGCUGUGGUAUCCUCUUCCAUUCAUGCGUCUGCCAAUAAGGAUGGCUAGUGUCCUGGGUGAGCGCACGGCCAAAUACCGCUGGUUUGCUGUGCUCUACCUCCUGCUCUGUUUUCUACUCCUUCCAUCGCUGGUUCUGGGCCUCUCUCUGGCCGGCUGGCAGGUGAUGGCUGGUGUAGGUGCCCCUUUUUUGGGUGUUUCUGUCUUCAUUGUCAUGGUGAAUGUGAUGCAAGCUCACAGUCCCCGUCAUCUGCCUACCAAGCUGCGAACCUGGGACUUCCUGCCCAAGUGGAUGCACUCUCUCAAACCGCUCGACCGUUUAAUCACCAAAGCGACCGUCUGCUGCAGCUUCACUUGUGAAGAGGUUCGGGAGGAAGGAGAAGGAGAAGAGAAGCCCAUCUCUACACAGACGUCUGUUCACGUGCAGGACGAGUUGGGAGGUUUUCAAAAGAAGGAACAUUUGGCUUAUAGCAACCCAGUCCUGGACUGCCUGGAAGAAAUCAGACCAGGUGUGCCAGUUUUUAGACUGAAAGGAUUAGAGAGGUGCAACAGCACUCCACUGUAG